GUUCUGUCUCUUCAGUUAAUUAUGGCGUUGCUGGGUCGCUUCUCUUCCUCUCUCCUGCGCUCUGUGUGCCAGGUACAGAACCGCCAGCUGUCCGCUGUAGCUCAUGGAGAUCAAGGAGCAAAGACUUGGAAGUUGCUGACGUUCUUGGUGGCUCUGCCCGGCGUUGGUGUUUGCAUGCUGAACAUGUUCCUGAAGCACCACAGCCACGACAACCCAGAGUUCGUCCCCUACACUCACCUGCGUAUCCGCAGCAAGCGUUUCCCAUGGGGUGACGGGAACAAAUCACUCUUCCACAACUCCCACGUGAACGCCCUGCCCGACGGUUAUGAGGGCCACGAAGAGUAAAGAUUGUGAAGCAUCAGUUCUUGAUUUCUCCUCAUGAUGGACCAGAGGGCUUUCUUGUUCCCCUCUUACCUCCUGGACCGGACCAUACUCCUUUAUUUCAGUUUACAUAGCAACAUGCUCUGACCAUCUCGUACCUCCUGUGUGCUUCGCUCCACUGUGGUGCACCUAACUUAACCAGUCACGUUCCAGCUAAAUAAAGAUUUAUUCCUUAAUUUAAAAACAA